CAAAACGACCCCGGAGGGCACCACGACGGCCCCAAGAGAGCCCCCAAGAGGGCCUCCGUAGCCACAUUGGCUCAAGCCGCCUUCGAGUGAUAUCAGAUCUUCGCCUCGGCCUGCUAAACCCAUCUUUGCGGCAGAGCUCGCUCCUUGCAGAGUCGCGCAAUGCCCCCUGCUCUGGCAGCAGCGUGGGUGGUCUGUCUCCUGAUCCGGGGAGCAGAUGGCGCCCGAAUGAGUGGCGCAUUCAGAGCUGCUUUAGAAGAUGGCUCUGAUGCCAAGGCCACAGACUUCACGAACGGCACCGUCGAAAGCCAAGGGGCGCUUGUAAGAGAGAGCAUUGGUGAUGUGACAAGCGUUGGCGGUCGAAAGUGGAAAGACCUCCCAGUUGGCAUCCAGAUAAAAAUGCCGAGCCUUGACUCACUGCAGCUGGGAUUGUCUGGUGAGGCUUUGAUUCCCUCUCUAGUGCCUCCUCCUGGUGUGGUCUACCAGCUGAAGAACAAGGAAAAGACACAGUUUUUGGAGACGAAUGAGUAUAAAUGGGAGCUUGAUGAGGUCGAGCUUGGAGGACGCGAGUUUGAAAUCGAUGCAAAGAUUGCUAAGCUGAAGGGCAAGUGGCAGUCUAAUUCGUUUGGGCACAAGAGCGUGCAUGUGUACGACAAUACUGGCACGGAAAUUUUCAAGAUUCGUUUGUCGAGUAAUGUUUGGAAUCCCCUCCAGCGGCGCUGGUCGUUCCGCAUUUUGCCCCCUGGUUCCAAAGACAAUGACGAUGCACUCUUCACGAUCAACAAAGAUCAGUUCGGAAGGGGCAUCCCCAUUUUGUGGGAGAAGGAAGAGUGGCGAAUCUACCGUGGACGUGAACGCGACAAUGACAUGAUCUACUACUGCGUUGGCUCGUGGCUCGGCUGGGAUUUCAAGUUCUACAAGUCCAUGGAAGACUACGACCAUAGCGCCCGACCAGUAGCGAAGAUAAAGCAGAAGAUGAACGCUGGGGCCAUCUUCGAUAACGAUUGGCUCCCUGACAAGUUCAAGCUCAAGGUGCAGCCUGGGGAAGACACCGCGCUUCUCCUCGCCGUGUCUUCCAUCAUCGACAUGACGCACGACUCAAAGCCUGAUAAUAACAAUCACCAUCAGCAUUGGUGACGCUGCGUCAUUCUCAGUGUUAGGGGUUGCGCGUGAUUGGCUUGUCUCCUUCUCUUUUUCUACUCCUCAGCCGCUCCACCAGCAAGCGCAUUGCCGAAAAGUAGUAAAUUAAUAACAAC